AUGGCGUCGGUAAAGUGGGAGGAAAAUAAAAAAGAAGAACAACACUUGGUUUCUCUGAAAAAUGGCGAGCAAAGGAAAGAGAACAUGAAGAAGAUGAAGAUGUCUCUGUUAAGUCUGCCUGAAGAGAUGCAAGUUGAGAUUUUAAUCAAACUACCAGUCAAUUCCAUCUUAGCAUAUACCAAACCUGCAAUAACUUCCAUAGAUUAUGCUUCAAUACUGACAUUAUCAUUAGCAGGUGAUGAUAAACGUGAGCGAGUUAUUCGUAUAGAUCACCCCAUUAACCCGUUUGUACAAGAGGAUAUUAGUUGCCUUCAAAUAUUGGGUUCUUCCAAUGGCUUGAUUUGCUUGGAUAUCUGGGUCAUGCAAGAUGACGGAGUACAGAAUUCUUGGAUUAAGCGGUUUACCAUUAGCCCACCAGGACUACAGCAUCAGCAUGUCAGUUAUUUUUCCAAAGAGCCAAUUUGGUCUUUCGAAAAUGGUGAGAUUCUACUGGAUGCUACCAGCAAUUUAGCUGUAUAUGACCCGAAAAUGGAAAAAUUAGAACGGCACUCCCAGAAAGUUAUAUCUACACGACCUGGGAACGAGUGUUUUAUGUGA